CUCCCGGCCACGCCUCUCCAUGCCCGAGGCCCUGGACGCCGCACCCUCACUGCGCAGCUGCCUUCUGCACCAGCCGAGCGGAGCUGAUCCAGAGCCAGGAUGGCCGUGCUCUCUAAGGAAUAUGGUUUUGUGGUUCUAACUGGCGCUGCCAGCUUCAUCAUGGUAGCUCACCUAGCCAUCAACGUCGCCAAGGCCCGCAAGAAGUACAAGGUGGAGUAUCCUAUCAUGUACAGCACCGACCCUGAAAAUGGGCACCUCUUCAACUGCAUUCAGCGAGCCCACCAGAACACGUUGGAAGUGUAUCCUCCCUUCUUAUUUUUUCUAGCUGUUGGAGGUGUUUACCACCCGCGUAUAGUUUCUGGCUUGGGCUUAGCCUGGAUUGUUGGACGAGUUCUUUAUGCUUAUGGCUAUUACACAGGAGAACCGAGCAAGCGAAGUCGGGGAGCCCUGGGAUCCAUCGCCCUCAUUGCCCUGAUGGGCACAACUGUGUGCUCUGCCUUCCAGCAUCUUGGUUGGGUCAAAACUGGCCUGGGCAGUGGAUCUAAAUGCUGCCAUUAAAGAAUUACCAGGUGUUUGGAAGCUCUCAUUCAUUUUGAGUGACUUACUUUUAUUUCCAGUUACUUUUUUUUUUAAUGUAAUAAAAACUUAGCUGGCAUCAGCCUCAUA